GUGGGGAUAUCGAGUCGUUAAAACGAGACUUGCAACUUCAGUUUUCGCUAGAUUAAGCAUCUUUUGACUGACUUGACUAUCGACGCUGAAAGGUUCUGAGGGAAGAUGAAAGCUUACGAUGAGAAUGAAGCCGUCCAGACCAUCAUAUCACUGGGAAUCAGCCACAGUGAGGCGGCGAUACGAAAUGCCCUUAGGCAGUAUAAUGGGGAUUUGGACCGAGCUGCAUCAGCACUUAUGACGGAGUCUGAGGAUGUCAACGAUAUGCCAGCUUUAGAACCACUCGUCUCGGAUUCCAGUAAGUCCCAGACUAGCAAAAGUGUAGCGCCGCCACCUUCUAUUGUCGUUGAUCUUACUGGGGAGGACGAAGAGGAUGAAGAACUGAAGAAGGCCCUGUCACUUUCCAUGUCUGAUUCAAUCGAACACAAGCAUAAAGAGUGGGGAGUGCCGUCAAGCCAGGCGCAGACGGCGAAGUUCGGACCCUCAACUAGAGAGGACACGGACGGUUCUUGGGCUGUUGUGCCGAGCUCCUUAAAUGACAACAAACGUCCUUCUCCAGAUGAUGCUGAUCUACAACGUGCCAUGGCAGCGUCCCUGCAAACUAGUUUCGCUCGACAUUCCCCUUUCGGACAAUCCUUUGGUACCUCCAGUUGCGUUGAUUCGAGGAUCUGCCCGGUAUUCUACGCAUAAUGCUCUUCCGCUACUGAUACAAGCCCUGUACGUCAUACCUCAAGUGAGGCGCAGUCUCCGUCAGUCAGGGAAGUGGGAUCCCUCUUCUCUCAACAUUAUGCCGGACGGACUGCACGAGGGCCCAUGGGACUGCUAAACGACGGUAAAUUAUGGGGUGACUCGGCACUUCAAUCUUUCUACAACUUCAGAGAAAUUCAGCAAUUGUUUUGUGCUCUUGACUACACUCAACAGGCGCAUCUUGAUAUCACCCACU